AUGUCCGUCAUCAUUCGACUUCAAAAUCUGCCAAUCUCGGCAAACGCGUCGAACAUUCGCCGUUUCUUCAGUGGAUUAUCUAUUCCAGAGGGAGGAGUGCACAUAGUUGGAGGCACUGAAGGGGACGCCUUCAUUGCUUUUGCUACAGACGAGGAUGCAAGGAAAGCCAUGUUACUUGAUCGACAGUCGAUUAAUGGGGCCGCCGUUCGUUUGUUUCUAAGCAGCAAAACUGAAAUGCAAACGAUCAUCGAAUCCGCCAGAACAUCAGCUAUGUUUUCAGGUGGAGGGAAUACAGCCCUUUCUCAAGCUGUUCCUCAAAAGUCUGAAGCUAUGCAUGCACUAGACGUAACAGCUCCUACUUUGCCUAGUUCAUUCCCAUCAUAUCGCAACGGAGCCGCUCGUGAAUCGUUCGAUGAGUCAUUGAACCAGUUUGCUUAUCCCUACAACAAAGCGAGUGCUCCUCCCGUUGAUACCCCGCCUCGUGCACAGAUCGAUAUGGUAGCACGCAAUAAACCGGAGGAGUAUCCAGAACAUAUACCGCCAGAUCGGAUUCAUUCGGAUAGAGAUCGGAAUUAUGGUUACAAUAAUCCGCCGGAUAUACCCUCUAGAUAUGACAGCCGAGAUUUCCCACCAACCCGCGACUAUGGUCCGAGGGAUGCUUAUGUGAAUGAUAGGGGUGACCCACCAUACAGAUAUCACGAAGACUAUGAUUACAGUCGGCGCCCACCACCCCCCAUCCCUGAAGACUUCACUCCUAGGAAUAAGGACACUGGCUUUAGAAACAGUCCAAGAGAUCCAUACCCAGACCAGUACCCUCCGCGCCACGUUAUGGACGACAGAGCUCCGGAUUAUGGCAAGUAUCCCACGCCACCUCCUAGAUCAAAUAAUGAUCGAUUCGUACCACAUGAUGUCCCACCACGGGAAGUAAAUCGUGGUAAUAGUAAUUAUCCCCCGGAAAAUAGAAGUGGUCCGGUCCAUCCACUUGACCGGGAAGCUGCCUAUCCUCCAAAUAACAGGUUGCUGGAGGAUCGUGAUUUCUCGGUUAGACCUCCGUGGCUUGGUGCUGAUGCUCCUGGUGUGGGACCUAAGCGUCCAUUCCAACAGCCAGUUCCAGAUUAUGAAGAGUAUCCACGGAAACGUCGACCUCCUCCUCCGUCGUACGGUCGUCCAUCUGAUUUGAUACCUGGAGAAACUGAGUAUGUACUUCGUGUCUGUCUACCAGUGCCAGAAGCUGGGAUCAAAGGUGUCUUCGAAAUAUUGCGUGGGGUGCAAGUUGUACCUAAGUGGGGUAUCAGAGUAGAAGAAGACUUACUGCAACGUCCUACUGGAUAUGUGUUUAUCAUGAUGGCAAAUAGAGAUUCGUAUGACCGUGCGCUCAGUUUCGAUAAUCGUCCUUAUAAGGGAGACAUCAUCAGAGUAUUAAGUUCAUCUCUCGAAGAAUUCUACAAUGUUAGCGAUACAGGUUUUGCUUCUAAGUGUCCCCCCGAGGUUACUAAAAAGCUUCCACCUGCUGACCAGUUCUGUCCACCUCAUUAUAAUGAUGGAUGCCUUGAGCUAUCUGAACUCCCUUCUGAUACCACGAAAAUGGAAGUUGUGCGGUUCGUAGGUGCUCCCGGUUUAACUUGUGAAAAUGUUGUCCUUGCUCGAUUUUCCCCAAAUGACAGGUCUGCCCCACGAAGUGGAAACAUGACUAGAGCUCUUGUUACUCUACCGUCUGCAGCAGAUUUAAAAAUUCUACUUUCCGCCAAGUCGCGACCAUUCCGACCGGAUUCCGAACUUCCAUCAGCUCGCCUAAUAGCAAUAUCCAAACUGCAAGUUUCUGCUUAUUCCAGCUUUUCUGUGAGCGGAAAGUCUGAAGACACGCAGGAACUGGCAAAGUCGACUGUCUCACGUGACACUGAUACAGAACCAGCCAAGGCGACAGGAGUAUUUUUAACAUGCGCGUGUGUCAGCGGAUUUUCUCGCCCAGUAAAAGAUUCUGAAGUUCUAAAUUUGUUCCCUUCCAUUUUGAUUCCGGGAGAUGCAGUAAAAAUGGCUCCAGAUGGUACCACAGCUUUUAUUGAUUUCAUUAGUGAAAAUAACUGCCGUCGCGCGGUUAAUGAGGCAUCAACAGAAGGCUCUAAGGCCAAGCAAACACAUCCAACUAUUCACAUAGAAGCUAUUUCUAGGAGUGAGAUGCUGAACCGUCUUGGUCUCGAUACCAAGGGUGAUGAACAAUCCAAUUUUGACAAGCCUGUAAGACCGCGUGACAGGGACCCUCGGGAACCCCGCCCCCAGUGGGACCCACGUCAGCGUCCGCCACAUCCCAAUUCAUUUGAAAACCGUCCGCAACAUCCCAAUUCAUUUGAAAACCGCCCGCCAAGUUCAGGUAGAGGGAAGUAUGAUGAUCCUGGCUAUGAUCGUCCCGGACCACCUGCUCCUUUCGAAGAACAUCGCGACCAAUUCCGGAGAUUCCGUCCUCCAAUGGAUAACUUGCAUUCUAUUCCACCACCACAAUCGGAUCCUGUGCCUGCUCCCAGACCACCAUUGCCUGCUCCACACCGUCGGCCUAUUCCUGAUUUCGUCUCUGUUUUCGUUGGGAAUCUGCCGCCUGGAUUUACCGUUGAUCAACUAGCUGGAGUUAUGAGGGAUUAUUACUUCAUCCCCGGUUCUAUACGACUACGCCGUAAUCCUCAGGGACAACCUACUGGUGAGGCACUGCUGGACGACCGUUGGUCUUGCGUUUUGACCAUCGAAACUAGCAGUUUCCGCUUGUAUCAACCUACCGAGGAACGUUAG